UCCGGAGGACCUUGAAAACGCGGAGCGACACGCGUCUGCUCGGGAACGAACCCGAUCGAGCGUCCGUCCGUCCGCGCAUACCGGUGUCGCUGACAAACCUCCGCGGUCUGGCGGCGCGUUCGCAACGCCUUCGUCCGUUCUCGCUCACGGUGCUUCGACCACGACCGCCGUACAGGCGACUGUUGGUCAGUUGUCGUCGAAUGCACACAUAUUAUUGUAGUCGUCGUCGUAAAUAGUUUUGCGCAACGCGAAGCGGACAACAUGAAUCCAACCAUAGCGCUUCGGCACGCGGCGGCAGUGCUGGUCGUGGUGGCGCUAAUGUCGGCCCGACCCGGCCACGGUAUGGCGUACACGGUUUUCCAGGCGGUGGUCGAGUACUACCGGACGAUAGCUCCGGAACCGGUGGACGCUGUGCCGGACGCGCCGUACAUAGGCCGGCAGUACGACUUCGUGGUGGUGGGCGCCGGUUCCGGUGGCUCGGUGGUGGCCAACCGGCUGACCGAGGUGGGCGGCUGGACGGUGCUGCUGAUCGAGGCCGGCGGCGAGGAGAACGCCAUGACGGACGUGCCGCUGCUGGUCAGCUACCUGAUCGGCACGGGAUUCGACUGGGACUACCGGACCGAACCGCAGGACGGCGUGUGCGGCGCGAUGGAGGACCGCAAGUGCCGGUGGCCGCGGGGCAAAGUGAUGGGCGGCACGAGCGUCAUCAACUACAUGAUGUACACGCGGGGCGUGCCAGAGGACUACGACCGUUGGGCCAGGCUGGGCAACAGCGGUUGGAGUUACGAGGACGUGCUGCCGUACUUCAAGAAAUCGGAGGACCUGGAAAACGGACGGGUCGCCGCGUCGUCGAUGGCAACGCACCUGCACGGCCGCGGUGGGUACCUCAAGGUGCAGGAGCCACCGUGGAAGACGCCACUGGGACCGGCGUUCCUGCGCGCCGGCCGCGAGCUGGGCUACGAGACACCCGUCGACUACAACGGUCCGCGGCCGCUGGGUUUCUCGUACGUGCUGGCCACGACAGACCGCGGUACACGGUGCAGCGCGUCCAAAGCGUUCCUGCGGCCGAUCCGGCACCGGCCCAACCUGACCGUAGCCAAGCGGACGACCGUGACCAAGGUGCUCAUCGAUCCCGGCACGAAGCGCGCGUACGGCGUGCGGUUCGUCAGGAAUCGUCAAACCUCCUCGGUGUACGCCCGAAAAGAGGUGAUACUGUGCGCCGGGGCGUUAAACUCGCCGCAGUUGCUCAUGUUGUCCGGCGUGGGCCCGGCCGAACACUUGACCAAAAUCGGCGUGCCCGUCGUCAGCGACCUCCCAGUGGGCUACAACCUGCAGGACCACGUGUCCAUGGCCGGGUUGGUGUUCCUGGUCAACCAGUCGGUGACCAUCGUCGAGAGCCGGUACCGGCACCCCAAGUACCUGGUCCAGUACGCCUUAAAUGGCGAUGGUCCGCUGACCGUGCCCGGUGGUGCCGAGGCGGUCGCGUUCACUGCUACGCGGUACGCGACCAACGGGUCCGUGAUGCCCGACAUGGAACUGGUGUUCGGGCCCGGAGCUCUGACCGGCGACACGGGAGGCUCGUUGCACCGCUUGUUCGGCAUGCGCGAAGACUUCUACGAACGGGUGUACGGCGGAUUCCGUGGCCGAGACGCUUGGGGCCUAGUGCCCAUACUGCUACGGCCCCGCAGCCGCGGCAGAGUCAUGUUGCGAUCGACCAACCCGUUUCACGCGCCGCUGCUUUUCCCCGGAUACCUGUCCGACCCUCAUGACCGCGACGUGCUCGUCGAAGGCAUAAAACAGGCCAUCGCGAUAAGCAAAACCCAAGCCUUCCAAAAAUACGGAUCUACGCUGUUGUCAGUGCCGUUCCCGGGCUGUGAACACGAACCGUUCGGGUCAGACGCAUAUUGGGGAUGUUCCAUCGGGCAGUUAACCACCAACCUUCACCACCAGGUGGGCACGUGCAAGAUGGGACCGGCUUCAGACCCGGACGCCGUGGUCGAUCCAAAGUUAAGGGUGCUCGGCGUUAAAGGGCUCAGGGUAGUGGACGCGUCUAUCAUACCACUCAUACCGGGCGGUCAUACCAACGCGAUAACAUUCAUGAUCGGUGAGAAAGCGGCCGACAUGAUCAAGGAAAACUGGAUCAAAUGAUUUAACCGAUUGUGUUGCGCUACGGUGAAUGUCAUAUAAUAUAUACUACGGUGUGAACGAGGAAUUUGAUGAUAAAUCAGUAAUUUAUUUUUAUGAAGAUCCUACAUCAUAUCACCCAUAAUAUAAUACUGGAAAAUGUAAUCGUUUUGUGGAGCAGAUUUUUCCAUCAUCGAUACUUCCUAUCCAUACAUCGAUACUAAUGCAUAAUACACGGUUGCACACAUUUCGAUACCAAUGAACAAUAGUGCUCAAGAUAGCAUACGCUGUAAACUAUACGUCAUGUAAAUAAGAACAUUAUAAUGAUAAUAUUAUCUAGUCAAAAAGUUGUACAAUUUUGCUUCCAUUUUUUUUUUUUUUUUAA